AUGCAAGGGAAUGAACAACAACAGAAUGAUGUUGGACAACAGUCACCAACAAACACAACAACAACAGGUGUUGUUGAGGAGAGAGAUGUAGUUAGUGUUACAGAGACUACCAAGGAACAACAAGAUGUUGCAAAGACAAGUGAGAGCACUGUUGUAUUGGACACGACAUCAAACAAAGAGGACAAUACAACAAACGGUGGUCAAGAGGCUGAUGAUACAUCAAACAACAAUAAUAACAAUAACAAUAUACAACAACAACUUCAACAAGUUGAUUCACAACAAGAUGAACAAAAGAUUCAACUUGAGAUGGCAAUGAGCAAUAUACAACAUGAGUUACUACAUCUUAGAACUUCAAAGAAGAACCUCGAUAAGAUAUCAACGUUGAUCAAGAAUGUUAUGACUUCCCGCAAGUGGGAGGAUCAACAGGAGGGUGAUGAAGAGGAGGAGGAUGAGGACGCAGCAAGCAAUGAGGCCUUUGAUGAGGAUGAGGAGGAUGGAGACGAUGAAGAGGAAGAGGAGAUCGAAGAUGAGGAUGACGAGGAUGAGGAAGAGGUCGAUGGCGAAGAUGACGACGAAGAGGGCACCGAUGACGAGGACGAGGAACAAGACGAUGACCUCUACGAAGAUGACGCGAGAUUCUACGCCAACCACAAGUCUGGUAAACGCCCUCGGCCUGUGAUUGACUAUGGUCCUGAUGGCAUUGACGAUGAGGAGGGAUACAACCUCUACCUGGACGAGUAUGGCCAGCCGCUGGAUGACGUAACAUACAACGAACAUAUGGAGUCCUACAACAAGACCAACGAUGAAGAUGAUCUUAGAGAAGGCAUUUACUGGCUUCCAAAGACAAAGCCAAACAAAGCCCCUGGUAGCUCGAGCAAGAAGCCACCCAAGAGCGCGCUACCAACUGGAAUCAUUCCUUCGACAUCAACGACAUCAACAUUGAUGACAAACAAGCAACAUGCAAGAUCACUGGUCAACUAUAGUGACAGCGAGGAUGAUGACAGCUUCCAAGUGUGGAAAGGUCACUUCCCCAACAAUCCAGUGACGCCAGGCAGACCCAAGAAGACCAGCAGCGGUGUCGGCGUAGUGGCACCCUCCAAUCCUCAGCUCGUUGUCCCAAACAGCUAUGUCGCCAAUAAUGACGAUAUUGAUCAGCUCGAGGAGAUCACCGACGACGAAGACUACCCCUCUUCAACAAACAGCAAGAGCAGCUACAUCAACAACUUGGUCAAUAGCCAGCAUCUCCAGAAGCGUGUCUCGCCAUCGUUUGUUGCUGCCACACCAUCCACUGUACAGCAGGUCAAUACUCAGAGGACUCCCAAGCGCAACACUCCCGUCCAUCAUCAUAUAUCCCCAUCGCCAACGUCCCACAUCAUUGAUGACAGUCCAUCGGCAUUCCAUUAUCCACAACCACAGCAGCAGCAGCAACAUCUCCAUCAGCAGCAACAGCAUCAACCACAGAUGCCACAACAUCAACCAGAGAUCGCUACGAACUGGCAUGUGGAGAGCAAGAAGCUUGUUGUGGACACAUUCAAGUUCAUUGAGGAGCACUCAUCAUUUGACAUUGCCUAUCUAUGUAUGAUCAUGGAUCAACUCAAGACUCUAUCCACUCAGUUCCAAUGGGUGAAGCUCUAUGACACUGUGUGCAACACGGUUCAGAUGCUUUCGGCUACGACCCAUCACCAGCCCAGCCUCUCCUCCUCGACUGGUGUCAAUCCAAUCCAACAACAUCACACCACUCCUCAGCACUAUCAGCAACAACAUCAACAUCAACAGCAUCUUCAUCAACAACAACAACAGGUUCAACAGCAGUUCCAUCAACAAUUGAAGAUGCAACAACAACAAGAGAUACUGCGCAAGUUACAGAUCCUGCAACAAAGACGACAACAACAUAGACAACUACAGCAGCAACAACAACAGCAACAUCCAUCACCACAGCAGCAGCAACAGCAGCAGUAUUAUCCAACACAAUACAACAAUCAAGCUCAAUACGCUCCUCAACAACAUCAUCCAUCAUUGUACAAUACACCGCAGCAACAGCAGCCUCAUCCUCAUCAGCAGCAGCAGCACCAUCAGACACCACUGCAGCAGCAGAGGUACCCUCCACACACCCCUCAACAGGCACCUCAGCAGCAGAGCUAUCCUGCGUACACAGAGCAACCUCAGCCGUAUGGCUAUGCAGCCGAUCACAAGACACCAGUCAAGUACGUGCAGUCACCUGCCAGAGAUGGAGCACAGUACACGCAGGUGCGCAAGGGCAAGCCCUAUGUGCCACACGAGACCAGCACCGACUCGUACGCUUCGGACUUUAAUCAGACCAGCGAAUCCAUCCCUCCUACAUCCUCAAUGGCUGGCAGCAUCAUCAGUAGCAGCAACAGCAACAACAACAACAUUAGUGGAGUAGGCCCGAAUGGAAUCAACAUCAACAGAGUCGAGGGAAUGUACAAGAAGCUGUACCAACAGCGUCAACUGUUGCUCCAGCAUCAGAAGCGACUGCAACAACAGCAGCAGUUCCUUCAACAACUCACCUUGCAACAGCAGAAGCAGGCAGCUUUGGCCAAGCACCAACCAGGAGCAACAGCAGCCGUGGACAGUAGCAAGGACAACGAUAUAGAUCUUGGAUCACUGUCAUCGAUUCAUUCCGACAGCCACUAUGACGACACAUACGAUGAUGAGAACAGUCUAGGUGAAGAGUUCAAUGAUGAGGAUGUUCAACAGGUGGACAUUGCACUAUAUGAUAAGUUGGUUAUAUCCGAUAGGCGAUCACAACAGCUGCAUCAGCAACAGCUGCACAAUGCAACCUCUCCAACAACAACUUCAACAACUUCAACAUCAACAGCUUCAAUACAAAUACCAACAACAACCACAACAACAAAGACUCCAUCGCCCUCGACAAUACCUACUGAUGCCAACAACAAUAUAUCAACAACAACAGGAGCACCGUCACCAACAACAAACAAGGAUGAGAAAGAAAAUUGA